AUGCGUGGUCUGACGUGUUUGGCGGAAUUACACGUCCAGGUGAACGUCCCACCACAGCUGUUAGGGUAUGGCAGCACGAGCGGAGACCCUGAAAUCAGGGCUGAGUUACCGGCGCACGUCGAUCCAGUUCGUACUACAGUGAACAUAACCAAAUUGCACAAAGCGAAGACCAAGGAUGCCCCAGCAAACAAACCGUAUGGAAGCUCGUCGAACAAUGUUAGAAGCGCCAACCGAGACACCGCGCAUCCUGCCGCCCCCCGCUGA